UUAUUAAUUCAUUAGCACCGUGUGCAGCUGCCGCCAUUCAAUUAUCCCCAAAAUUUACAAAGCGUUUUGGAUUCUGGGACUUUCUCCUCGACCAGUUAGGGUUUUUGAACCCAAGAAAAUUUCAGGGAUGAGGAAGGCCUUCGGAUCUUCAUUUUUCUAAUUUCUUGACUCCUCCGAGAAAACCAUUCUUCGAGAUCCCAGUAGGUUGAAAGUCGUCGACUAUGGCCGAGCACUUGGCUUCAAUCUUUGGCACUGAGAAGGACCGCGUCAACUGCCCCUUCUACUUUAAGAUCGGGGCCUGUCGUCAUGGCGAUCGGUGUUCUCGACUACACAAUCGCCCCACUAUUUCGCCAACCCUUCUUUUGUCGAACAUGUACCAGCGCCCUGACAUGAUCACUCCGGGCGUUGAUGCACAGGGCCAACCUAUAGAUCCACGCAAGAUCCAGGAACACUUCGAGGACUUCUACGAGGAUAUUUUUGAAGAGCUCAGCAAAUUCGGGGAGAUCGAGAGUCUUAAUGUCUGCGAUAACCUUGCCGACCACAUGAUCGGCAACGUUUAUGUCCAGUUUAAAGAAGAGGACCAGGCUGCUGCAGCAUUACAGGCUUUGCAAGGGCGUUUUUAUUCUGGCCGACCCAUCAUUGCUGAUUUCUCACCCGUGACUGAUUUCCGGGAAGCCACUUGUCGUCAAUUUGAGGAAAACAAUUGUAAUCGCGGUGGAUAUUGCAAUUUCAUGCAUGUAAAAUUGAUUGGAAGGGAGUUGAGGAGGAAACUGUUCGGGAGAUAUCGUGGGUACCGAGGAAGUAGAAGUCGGAGCAGAAGUUUGAGCCCGCGUCAGAGGCGGGACUAUGAUAGACGUGAACGCGAGAGAAGUUCUCGUGACCGUGAUUAUCGUGGAAAUGGACGACGGAGCAAGGACAGGUAUGACAGGUACGAUCAUGACAGUGGGAGGCGAAAACAUGGAAGUCCAUGGAAGAGUAGGAGCCCAGUGAGGGAAGGGAGUGAGGAACGCAGAGCUAGGAUCGAGCAAUGGAAUCGAGAAAGGGAGGAGAAAAAUUGAUUUGCACAUGCUUCUGGACACCUCACAAUAUUUUACGUGUCCCUUCUGGUAAUCAUUCUAGGAUUAUGUCUCUUAUGAGUAUUUUGAACACAUAAUGGACAAUUCCGAAGCUUGCAUUAUCAUGGUUAUGUUUCAGUGUCUGUCCAAGUAGACGUGUAGCUGUAUUAAACUUCUAGUUAUGUAGGAGUGCAUCGCAUUGUUCCCUGUCCUUCUGAUGUUGUUCCAUGCUUUGGGUAAUAUUCUACGAGUUUCAUAUGUAUGAGAUUUAGUUCAUAUGAACUCAUAAAUAUGCUAAUGUGGGUAUUACUGGAUUGCUCAUCUUGGUCUCAUUAAUUAUAUGACCAACUUUGCUAG